AUGCUGUCUCCAUUAAGCCACCUCCGCAGCCUUGGUUAUCACUUUCAACAUCAUAAUUUAUCAGUUCUUAUUCCGAUAGAGAGACCAUACCUGAAUCGCGGAAAAACACAUACAAUCUCACAGAUAAUAAGUUUUUCUGCGCGUUUUUGCACUUCAUUUGCAUUUCAUUUGUACGCGCGGAAAAACUCAUACAAUCUCACAGAUAAUAAAUUUGCAGAUCUUACAAAUGAAGAAUUUAGAAGUACUUACAUGGGUCUUAGAACUAGGUCGUCGCAUUCACAUACAGGAUUCAGGUAUGAUGAACAUGGUGAUCUCCCAGAAAGCAAGGAUUGGAGUGAUCUCCCAGAAAGCAAGGAUUGGAAAAAGGAGGGAGCAGUGACUAAAGUCAAGAAUCAAGGCCGAUGCGGAGGUUGUUGGGCAUUCUCUGCAAAUGCAGCUGUAGAAGGCCUCCACAAAAUAAAAUCGGGAAAUUUGGUCUCUCUAUCGGAACAAGAACUGAUAGAUUGUGAUGUUGAAAGUGAUAACCAAGGCUGCGGAGGUGGCUUAAUGGAGACAGCAUUUACAUUCAUCGUAAACAAAGGUGGAAUAUCCGCUGAGAAAGACUAUCCUUACAAAGGGGUAGAUGGUACCUGUGACACGGAAAAAGCUAAACAUUAUGCUGUGAGUAUAAGUGGAUAUGAAAAAGUUCCUGCUGAUAAUGAGGCUAAGCUUAAAACUGCAGCUGCUAAUCAACCCGUCUCUGUUGGAAUUGACGCGGAUGGUUAUUCAUUUCAACUUUAUUCAGAAGGUGUUUUCUCUGAAAUUUGUGGCAUUUGUGGAAAGCACCUUAAUCAUGCUAUGACUGUAGUUAGGUAUGGAGAAGAAAAUAGAGACAAGUAUUGGAUUGUGAAGAAUUCAUGGGGUUCUGAUUGGGGUGAAUCUGGCUAUAUCAAGAUGAAGCGCAGCACUUUUGAUAAAGCUGGUGUGUGGCAUUGCCAAGUUAGCCAGCUACCCUGUGUAGUGUAG